AUGCAUAAAGAGAAAACACCAGAGGCAUCCGAUGUACCUGUUACUCCAAUUCAUGAAGAUAAAACAGUUGCUACUGAUGCUCCCACUAUACCGGUUGAUGUUCAUCAAAAAGAAACAACAAAACCCACUGACGCAACUACUGCUCCAGAUGCACCUGUAACUCCAGUUGAUGAAGAAAAAACCGAAACAGAAAGAGUUACAGAUGCACCUGUUACUCCAUUUGAUAAAGAAUCGAUAACGGAAGGUUUUACCGAUGAACCUACUUCUCAGGUCGAUGUUCAUGAAGGGAAAACACGAAAGCCAACAGAUGCACCGGUUACUCCAGUUCCUGAACAUCAAACAGAAAGUGUUACCGAUGAACCUACUACUACUACUGAGGAUAUGCAUAAAGAGAAAACACCAGAGGCAUCCGAUGUACCUGUUACUCCAGUUCAUGAAGUUAAAACAGUUGCUACUGAUGCUUCCACUAUACCGGUUGAUGUUCAUCAAAAAGAAACAACAAAACCCACUGAUGCAACUACUGCUCCAGAUGCACCUGUAACUCCAGUUGAUGAAGAAAAAACAGAAGCAGAAAGAGUUACAGAUGCACCUGUUACUCCAUUUGAUAAAGAAUCAAUAACAGAAAGUGUUACGGAUGAAUCUACUUCCCCGGUUGAUGUUCAUGAAGGAGAAACACGAAAGCCAACAGAUGCACCGGUUACACCAGUUCCUAAACAUCAAACAGAAAGUGUUACCGAUAAACCUACUACUACUGUGGAUGUGCAUAAAGAGAAAACAUCAGAGGCAUCCGAUACACCUGUUACUCCAGUUCAUGAAGAUAAAACAGUUGCUACUGAUGCUCCCACUAUACCGGUUGAUGUUCAUCAAAAAGAAACAACAAAACCCACUGAUGCAACUACUGCUCCAGAUGCACCUGUAACUCCAGUUGAUGAAGAAAAAACAGAAACAGAAAGAGUUACAGAUGCACCUGUUACUCCAUUUGAUAAAGAAUCAAUAACGGAAGGUGUUACCGAUGAACCUACUUCUCCUGUCGAUGUUCAUGAAGGAGAAACACGAAAGCCAACAGGUGCACCGGUUACUCCAGUUCGUGAACAUCAAACAGAAAGUGUUACAGAUGAACCUACUACUACUACAGUGGAAAUGCAUAAAGAGAAAACACCAGAGGCAUCCGAUGUACCUGUUACUCCAGUUCAUGAUAAUAAAACAGUUGCUACUGAUGCUCCCACUAUACCG